AUGGCCGUUCUAGGUAAUUCAAAAUCAGCACCACUUAUUCAACAUAUGUGGGAUCAGGAAAAAGUUCAUAAAGCUACUUUUGAUGAACUUCUUGUAAAGUAUAGAGUUAGACCUACAGCACUUAUGCCGAUUUGGAAUGUUGCCGGAUUCAUGCUUGGAGCAGGAACUGCUUUACUGGGAGAAAAAGCUGCUAUGGCUUGCACUGUUGCCGUUGAAUCUGUCAUUGUUGAGCAUUAUAACGAUCAGUUAAGAAUGUUAAUGACGGAGCCAGAAAAAAAUAAAGAAUUAAUGGAAACAAUUCAGAAAUUUAGAGAUGAAGAACAGGAACAUCAUGACCAUGGUAUGGAUCAAGGAGCAGAGCAAGCACCUUUUUACAAAGUUCUCAGUGAAGUUAUUAAGUUUGGAUGCAAACAAGCAAUAGCUAUGUCGAAGGUAGUUUAA